UAUAUAUAAUAGCAGGCCCGCCGCGGCCCGCAGGUUUCAAUCGGCCGGCAACGGCGUCCGCUCCGCAGGUGCUCCAGCUCCCAGCCCCAGCCCACCGCGCUCGUGCUUACACUGUGUGGAUACGUCAAGAGUGUUUGUGGCUGUCGCUGUGCGCGUGUUUCUCUCUGCUGAUGGCUUUGGCAUGACAUGGCAAGCGGGAUGAUAGGCUACUGCAGAAUUUGUGCUCAAAGAAACGAGGAAUUAGUGUCAGUGUUCAGCGAAGAUGGAGUAUAUUUACAGUUAUACUUAAAACUGAAAGUUUGUUUGCAAAUGACAGUGUUAAGAAAUGAUCACCUCCCGACGGCUAUAUGUUUGGAGUGUCUUAGGAGACUUGAAGCAUGCUAUCAACUUUUUGAACUGCAUAGGAAAGGAGAGCACGAACUGAAGAGUUUUCAAAGUGGUCUGAUAGAUUUAUCAAACAAGAGUAACAACUUUCAGGGUGUAAUGCAUGGUGAGCAUAAGCCUUUGAUGCCAAUCAAGAUGGAGGAAGAUAUUUUUGAACACCCUAAGCGAAGGAAGAUGCGGCGUCAUAUGGAGGCGAACGCAGCAUCUCAGAACAUUGUGCAACCUCCUCAACAAGUGACUCAACCUCCACGAUGUGUUUGUGACACAUGUACACAUGCUCAGUAUGGAGAAUUACGAUUACUUGCUGAUGUUAGUAGCCAGCAACAAGCAGAAAGUAGCCUUACUAAUUUAGACAAUCCCACGACACCUAUGAGUUACAUAAGUACAGAAAGUGCUGCUCCAACGUAUUUAAAUGUGCAACCAUCACCACCACUUCCUUUUGCAGACUUUACUAGUGAACCACUACUUCCUCCUACUUCAGUCAUUAGUGCUCCUAGUACAUCUAGUGCAUCACCAAAUGAAGAAAUCUCAGGACCUUCAACAAGUACAAAGAAAGAAAUUCCAUGUAACUUCUGUGGAAAAACCUUCACCCAUACGGGGGACCUUAAUAAGCACAGAAGAAUACACACUGGAGAAAAGCCCUACAAAUGCCCACAAUGUGAUAGACAAUUCAGUCAUGCAAGUAAUUUGUUACGACAUCGAAAAAUACAUUCUGGUGAAAGACCAUAUGUUUGUUCAUCCUGCGGUAAAGGUUUCAGUCGCAAGGAUAAAAUGCUGAGUCACAAAAAAUCAGCUACAUGUACCAAAAGAACUGAUAGUGAUCUUCAUUCACCUGGAUCAUCAGGGAGCUAGUGAUAUCUGUAGCAAUUUAUUUAUUAAUAAUUUAUGAACUAUCUUGGAAAAGGAAUUCAAAAAUUUCUAUUUCAUUUUAUAACAACUUUCUGGUACACAAGAAAGUUAUUUUUGCAAGUCAUUUUUGAAAGCCAGCAAAUAUUUCAAAAUAUAUUAAUCCCAUUAAGACAGUUUGGUAAGAACUUUCACAUAAUGAGUAUAAUUUGCAUUAGUGAUACUAACAAUAUUGUAGCAAUACUCAUUUUUGGUAUGCAGCAAUUUGUUUUUGGCAGCAUUAGUAUACCUAAUGCAUGUAUGGUCUUCCAUUAUUAACACUACCCACAGAGAAGAUUGAUCACUUCCUGCAUAGCUAAUUAAUUCUAUAAAAUGGUUGUUAACAAACUGCACAUGAGUUAUUAAAUGUGUCUGUCAAUCGUGUUUUUUUAAUUUCAUGUUUUACAAAGUAAUGAUCAGAGUGUUUCCUUUCUUUUAUCGGAGUUUUUCAAACUUUCUAUGAUUGGUUUUGCCUUCUGAUCCAUACAAAUGAAGGUAACUGUCACUCUCUCACCUUUCAUAAUUUGCUGGCUUUUUUAAAUUGUACCACAGAUGUUAUUGGAGAAACUGUUCUGCUCCAUGGUUAACUGUGAUAUAGCAAAAACACAAAGUUUUUGUAUUAUUUUUAGUAAAUGACACUAAAUAAAAAAAUACAAUUCAUUA